CCGUGUCUUCUUCAGUUUCCGCUUCCUUCAAAAUCGGAGCCGAAGCGAGUCGUCAGCCAUAUUGUGGAACUGUUAGUGUUUGUUGUCGGUAGCGUGGUCCUAGAAUUUGAGCUAAAACCUAGGGAGUUCUCCGCAAAUACAUUUAUACAGGAUGGUUGGCACGAGAGUGUACAUCGGUGGGCUGCCUUAUGGCGCCCGCGAAAAGGACCUCGAGAGGUUCUUCAAGGGCUACGGCCGCAUCAGAGACGUACUUCUGAAGAACGGCUACGGCUUUGUUGAAUUUGAAGAUUACAGAGACGCAGAUGACGCAGUCUAUGAGCUAAAUGGCAAAGAACUACUUGGUGAAAGGGUUUCGGUAGAGCAAGCUCGAGGUUCGGCUCGGGAACGUGACAGCUAUCGCUCAGGAGGUGGUGGUGGAGGAGGAGGAGGUGGUGGAGGGAGAUCGUCAAACUUCUCUUCUCGUUCGAGGUAUGGGAAUGAGCGUCGCUGGGGCAGAUCCGGCGUUGAGCGAUACGGUCCUCCUACCAGGACUGAGUUCCGACUGAUCGUCGAGAAUUUAUCUUCGAGAGUCAGCUGGCAGGACUUGAAAGACUACAUGCGUCAAGCUGGUGAGGUGACCUAUGCUGAUGCCCACAAACAGAGACGCAAUGAAGGUGUUGUCGAGUUUGCCACGUACCAGGAUAUGCGCAAUGCUCUGGACAAACUGGACGACACUGACCUGAAUGGCCGCCGCAUCCGGUUGAUCGAAGACACGCGUCGCAAGAGCCGCCGCUCUCGCUCGUCCUCAUCAAGGUCCCGCUCCCGUUCCAGGUCGCGCGGACGUCGCUCUAGGUCCCGCUCCAGGGGGCGUUCCUCCCGUUCCAAAUCCAGGUCUAAGUCCAGAUCCAAGUCUCGCGAACGUGAUCGCUCCCGCAGCAAGUCCAGGUCUCGUUCCCGCAGUGCUGGAAAGAAAACAAGCAGCCGCCGCCGCUCUAAGUCUCCCCGCGACAAGUCGCCCAAGAGAGAUUCUCGCUCACGUUCCAAAUCUCGCUCCCGAUCAGCUGACAGAAAGGACAAGGACACUGAAAAUGAUAAGGGAUCUUCCCCUGGAGCCAACCACAGCAAUGGCGACGAUGGUGGUCGCCGCUCUGCCUCUCCAGAAGCCAAGGAAAACAGCGUGUCUCCGCCAGGAGGACGCAGCGAUGAUGAGUCAGAUGACGGUCGCAAGGAUGGCAGUGGUGACGACGAUUAAACUACACAGCACCCGAUUGACCUGAGUUACAAUUCAUUCACGCAUUUCUUUUAAUAUACCAUUAAGUUGUCAUGUCACACCUAGGAAAUUAGUGUGUUAGCCAAGAAGUGGAAAAGUUGUCAUUUGUCAGACAAAAGUAAAGUUCUCAUUCAAGGUCCUGAUCGGAAUUGAUGGAUUCUGGACCAACCCAUCAUUGAUGUACUGUGUAUCUGGUAUAAUAAAUUGCAACAUCAUCUUAAACUACAA